UCAAUAUGGUAAACAUCUCGCAAGUGCGCAAAGAAGAUAUCUCGUCUCAGAAAAUAGUGUGAAAGCCAUCGGAAAGUUACAAGACAUAAAAGAAUAUGUUCCUGCCGCUACUUUAAUCUUUAGUAGUAUUGGUUUGACAGGAGGUUCUGUGUUUGCCGUGAAUCAUUUGGUUAAGGAGACUAUUAAUAGCUCGAAUGGAUCAAUUGAGAAA